AGUGAAGAGCAUAGAGAGGACUGAGAGACAAAGAGUGAAAAGCUAAGGGUCCAAAUGAAGAGGGAAAAGUUCAGGUAGACAACAAAGACAGUUAAGAGAAAACGGUGCUGCUGACAAAAGUUUCAAACUGAGGAAGAUAAAACUUUCAAGAGAGUUAGGUUGAGAGAGAGGAGACAGACAUCCAGUUUGAGAGAGAGAGAGAGAGAGAGAGAGAGGGAGAAGUGAGCGGUGAGUGAAGAAUGGGCUCCCUGGUGCGCUAUGCUCUUCUCCUCAUCUCCCUGCUGGCUUCGCUCUUUGGAGUUCCUUCAGACCAGGCACAGGACCUGAGGGAGAGGGACGCUCUGUGCAAUGAGAACGGCUGCUUUGUAGUCUACUUCCAGCGCAAAACUUUUCUAGACUCUUGGAGGGCCUGCAAGGAAAAAGGAGGCAACUUAGCUACCAUCAAACGCCAGGAGGAGGCUGACACCAUUGCCACUCUCUUUUCCAGUGUGGACCUGCGCCAUUCACGCACCAAAGUUCAAGUAUGGAUCGGCCUUCAGCGCCAGCCUCGCCAGUGUACUGCUUCUCGCUUGCUGCGGGGUUUCUCUUGGACUACUGGAGACCAGGAUACCCAGUAUACCAAUUGGCAGAGAGAGGACUCUCCCAGUACAUGCUUGGCCCCACGCUGCGUGGUUAUGGGUUACAGCACAUCUGCUGAUGAGCAGCCAAAUAACUUCAAAUGGUUGGAUGGUUCCUGCUCAGUUCCUGUAGAUGGCUAUCUGUGUCGGUAUACUUACAAAGGAAUGUGUCAUGCCUUGUGGAGUGAAGGGGGUGGCAAUGCCCUCUACACCACACCUUUUGAGCUUCUAAGCCCUCUGCUAACCCAUGUGCCCUUUGGAUCUGUUGCCACUGUGCCCUGCCCAGAGGGCACCAAGGAUGAGCAGUCAGUUCUGUGUAUGCUGAGGGAAGAUGGCUCAGUGGGCUGGUCACGAGAUGCCCCCCUGUGCUCCGAUCCCCCCAUAUCACAGAACUGGUGUGAGCAGGAUAAUGGUGGCUGUGAGCAUUUCUGCAGGGAAGCUGGUGCCCACUACUACUGCGAGUGCUCAGAUGGGUUUCAACUAGGGGAGGAUGGGCAGAGCUGUGAGCUGGCAGAUGUAUGCCAGGGAGCGCCCUGCGAAUUUGAAUGCCUACCCCUCUCCGAUGGCUACCGUUGUGCCUGUCCUGAGGGUUACAUGCUUGCACCAGAUGAACGUGGCUGUCUGGAUGUGGAUGAGUGCCUCCAGAGCCCCUGUGAGCAGCUAUGUGUGAAUGCCCCUGGGACCUUUGAAUGUCGCUGCCGGGACGGUUACCGCCCAGAUGAGGAAGGUGAAUGUGAGGAUGUGGAUGAGUGUGCUAAUGACCCCUGUGAACAUGCCUGUGAGAACACGCAAGGCUCCCAUAUCUGCCACUGUCACCUGGGUUAUUCCCCAUUGCCUGAGGACCCCAGCCAAUGCCAGGACAUCGACGAGUGCCAGAUCGCUGGAACUUGCGAUCAGAUGUGUGUGAACUAUGAUGGUGGAUUUGAGUGCUACUGUGAAGUGGGAUAUGAGCUCAUGCCAGAUCAGUUCUCCUGUCGGAAAAUAGGGGAGGAGGAUGGCCAACCAGCCGUCACUCGCCACCCUGGACCUGUAUGGGACCCUAACGACCCUGUCUACCACUGGACUCACCAGCAGAGCCACACUGACUGGCCGCCAGAGGUGGAUGAAACCCUGGACUGGUUGACCGACCCACCCAUCGUCCCUGGUUCUGAUGUCAUUUGGGUCACCAGAGCCCCUCAGGCCGAGCUGCCUUUCUCUAGUGAAAAGAACUCUCCAACACAGAAGCCUGAGGAAAAGGAUGAUGACACGGAGAUGGGUGGAGAUGGGCAUGUUCCAGAUUGGUUCGAAUCGGAUGACAGAGCUGAGUUGGAAGCAGUGCCCACCUCCACCACACCUCCACCCCCCACCAGCCCUGCCCUCACCCCUACUUCAGAAUGGUAUGACGAUGAGGAGGAGGAGGAGACUACCACCAGUCUUCCCAGUCUUCCCACCUCCACCAUCUCUGAAGGGGCCUGGAACUGGUUCUGGUUAAGCCCUACCCCUACCAACCAGGACCUAGGAAAUCCAGCCCUCGUGGAUCCAGUCAUAAAGCAGAAUAUUCCUGUUGAUAGCAAUGAUCAAAAUAAGGGAGAGGAGGAUGGAGAUCAUCACAACACUAUGGAUAACUCCCAGUUUCCAGGGCAGGAAGUAGAGGUAGAGGUGGUGGAAGAGUAUGAGGAAAUGAUAAACCCCCAAGUUCCAUUCGGUCCCACCCAACCUACACCUUCCAGUCAACCUCCAAGCAAGGAUCCGGAGGGUGUUGACAGUGGGAAUUCUGUCCAAGGUGACAGGGAGCAGAAGCAGGGUAGCAGCUGGCUGCUGGUGGGCCUCCUGGUGCCCAUCUGCAUCUUCAUUGUAGUGAUGGUGGCACUGGGCAUCGUCUACUGCACCCGCUGUGCUGUUCAGCCACGCAACAAGAACACCACCGAUUGCUACCACUGGAUCUCUGGGGCACAUGACAAACAGGGUGCCCCUAACCCCUCAGCAGGGGUCAAGACCAAUGUGUAAACAGACAGGGGGAGAAAUUGACAUGUACAUAUACUGACUCUGUUUCAGAGAUAAAGAAGAGUGGAUAAUGAGCCAGGUAAGAGAACUGGAACUGCUCACUCUUGGAACACUUACGGAUAUUACUGUGGAUUAUCACUAGAGAGAGGAGGUGACGGGAUGGAUGCUGAAAACCACUGAUCGAGUUUUUUUUGUGGUGAUGUUGCUAUGUGGUAGAAAACUUUGAUGUUGCAUACACUGACCACACAGCAUGAGAUCUGAUUGCUUCAUGAUUGCACUAGGUUACAUGGUUAUGAAAUAUUAUCAUUUGGUUGGGUAAUGUUGGAACUUCUGCUACUAUCUUAAAUUGACAUAUUUUAACUGAUUCAUUUCAACAUUUCACAGCUGAUCCAAAUCCUGCUAAGAGCCAUGGAAAUCAGUGUACUAUUGGUAAAAAA